ACUUAUAAUACUCCCUCAAACCACGUAUAGAGAAAGAGAGAAAGUGAGAAAUUAAGAGAGAAAAUGUGUUUGAUAAUAUAUGGUUGUGAUGCAGAAGAAAAAGAGCUAGGAAGACAAGCUGCAUCUGGAGCUUGCCCUUCUUGUGGUGGCAAAGUUCAGGCUGUUGAUGUUGAGAGUCGUUGGAGGCUUUGUUUCCUUCCCCUUUGCUUCAUUAUCAAGAGAAAAUUUCAAUGUACUCUUUGUUCUAGGAGUUUAGUCUUGUAUUCUUCGUGAACGAUUUUCUUGGGCCGAAUGUUUAUCUGAAACAAUCUUUUCACCUUACAUAAGGUAGGGAUAAGAUUUGCGUAUGCCCCAUCCUCCUCAAAUUACUGGGUAUAUCGUUGUUGUCGUUGUCGUAUUCUCUCUUUUCCCAAUUCCACGAGGAUGAGUUCUUCACUUCUUCCUCUUCCAAUUAAUUCCUUUAUUCUUUUUUUGGAUUAUUGGUGAUGUUCAAGUCAACUUGCAUCUUUUUUUUAUUGUACCUGUUACUUUUCACUUGUACAAUUACACAGUAACCCUUUUUUCUUCUCGCUGAGAUUUGAAUCCUGAUUUCUAGUGGUUUUCACUCAUUUAAUUGACCGCUAGGUCACACCGUUAUUGCUAUUCUGGUUUCCGUUUUAGGUUAUUAUGUUUUUGUAAAUACAGAGAGAUAUGUCUCUCCUUUUUUUGUUCUUUGCAAGUCUCAUUGUAAUUUCAAGAUGUAUGGUCAAGCACUAUUCUUUAAUUUUUUGUAUAGGGUGAGAGAUUGAUUUCCGCUACAUUUUGAUUGAUAUAUUAUCAAAUUUUAAUAUCACAAUAUUCUGAAACA